CACACACACAGUGUGGGGAAAGAUAAGAAUCGAGUGAGGCCGUGAGGGAACUGUGGAGGGCCAUGAAGACGGAGAUCUCGUCAGCUGCGGGCUUCAUCACCCGCCUCCUCCGGACACCCGGCGGCAUCGGCGACGAGGAGCUGCGCUGCUUUAGCGAGUCCCUCCAGGAGGCGCUGCGAGACCAUUAUAAGCACCACUGGUUCCCCCUGAUGCCUUCCAGAGGCUCAGGAUACCGCUGCAUUAGGAUCAAUCACAAGAUGGACCCCUUGAUAGGAAAGGCAGCGGGUAUGAUCGGACUAAGCCAUGAGAGACUCUUCCAGCUCCUGCCCAGCGAAUUAACUCUUUGGAUCGACCCCUUUGAGGUGUCCUAUCGCAUCGGAGAAGAUGGGUCGAUCUGUGUCCUCUAUGAAGGCCCUCAGCCAGCAGUGAAGAAUGCCAAAGCUCUUGAGAACAUGAGCAGCUGUAAAGAGGAGUGGAGAAUUGGCAGAGCCAGCCCUUCCAAAAACUACAACAUGAUGACAGUUUCCAGUUAAAAAAAUUAACAUUCCCUGUACAAUGAUGUAUGUAUGUAUCCCGCUUUGAUAAUGAAGUUAGAUGAUGUAAUUGAUAUGUUGAUUUUCACCCCAUAGUCAUUAAAGUUGUAGUAGUACUGCCAAAUUCUUUGUUUUGUGGCCAAGGGCUAAUGUAUAAAAACAGUUCUUUAACUGUGUACUUUUUCUGGAUUGUAUACUGUAAAUGAAAUUGUACAGUCAAGAUGAUUGUUUUACAGAUUUAUAUUUUGGAAAAAAAUCCUUGGCUAUUUGUAAUAAAAAUGAAAUUAAUUUAAA